GGGCGGGGUUCCAUUAGUCCCGGAGCGUGCGGCUCGGGCAUCCGGAUCCGGAUCUGUGCUCGCGGUCUGGGGCCGUGCGCGGGGGUGGCAGGGGUCGCGGUGCCAUGGUUCUGAGCCCGGUGAUCGGGAAGCUGCUGCACAAGCGCGUGGUGUUGGCCAGCGCCUCCCCGCGCCGCCGGGAGAUCCUCAGCCAAGCGGGUCUCAGGUUUGAGGUGGUUCCGUCCAGGUUCAAAGAGAAGCUCGAUAAAGCCGCCUUCGCCACCCCUUAUGCUUACGCCAUCGAAACAGCGAAGCAGAAGGCCUUGGAGGUGGCCUCCAGGAUGCACCAGAAAGACCUCCGGGCCCCCGACGUCGUCAUCGGAGCGGACACCAUCGUGACGAUCGGGGGGCUGAUUCUGGAGAAGCCAGCGGACAAGCAAGACGCGUACAGGAUGCUCUCCAGGUUGAACGGGAAGGAGCACAGCGUGUUCACGGGCGUCGCCAUCAUCCACUGCUGCAGCGAAGACGGCCAGCUGGACACGGACGUGUGCGAGUUCCACGAGGAGACCACGGUGAAGUUCUCGGAGCUGUCCGAGGACCUUCUGUGGGAGUACAUCGACAGCGGGGAGCCCAUGGACAAGGCCGGCGGCUACGGGAUCCAGGCCCUGGGCGGCAUGCUGGUGGAGUACGUCCGUGGGGACUUCCUCAAUGUCGUGGGCUUCCCGCUGAACCACUUCUGCAAGAAGCUGGUGCAGCUGUACUGCCCGCCCCACCGCGAGGACGUGCAGCGGGUCAAGCACGAUUCCAUCCCCGCCGUGGACACCUUCGAGAUCGCGAGCGAGGCUGCUCAGGGUGACGAGGGCUGCGGCCCCAGCAGGGCAGGGGUGCACGGUCACACCGGACAGGCUCCUGCUGGCCCCCAGGGCCCAGACACGAAUGGGCUGGUGGAGAACCCGCCCCCCUUCCCGUCCGACCUUCUAGACCUCAUAGACGGCUUUAAAGCAUCCAAGGCUCUGUUCACGGCUUGCAAACUGAAGGUGUUUGAUGUACUGAAAGAGGAAGGCCCCCUGAAGGCGGUGGAUGUUGCACGCAAACUUAACGCCUCUGUGUGUGGAACUGGACGGCUCCUGGAUGUCUGCGUGGCCCUGGGAUUACUGGAGAAGACAGACACAGGUUACGGUAACACGCAGCUGGCAAGCCGGCACCUGGCGUCGGAGGGCGCGUGUUCUCUCCACGGCUUCGUCGCGUACAACGAUGAGCACGCCUGGACCGCGUUCACAGACCUGGAGUCUGCGGUGCGACAGGGACCCCGCGCGGCUGCGGGGAGGCCGGCGGAGGACCCGUCUCAGAGCAGGGACCGGAGGCUGCGUUUCAUGCGAGCCAUGCACGGCCUCACCCAGCUGACAGCUCGCCAGGUGGCCACGGCCUUCGACCUGUCCCGAUUCACCUCUGCCUGUGACCUGGGAGGCUGCACAGGUGCCCUGGCCCGAGAGCUGGCCCGGGAGUACCCGCGUCUGAAGGUGACCGUGUUUGACCUCCCGGAGGUCAUCGAGCACGUGUCGAGUUUUCACCCCGAGGGCCGGCAGCCAGAGCGCCUCCGCUUUGUGCCAGGUGACUUUUUCAAGGACGACCUCCCGGACGCACAGCUGUACAUCCUUUCCAGAAUUCUCCACGACUGGGCGGACGACAGAGUGCACGAGCUACUGAGCCGGGUGUCCCGCAGCUGCAAGCCAGGCGGUGGCCUCCUGGUGGUUGAAACGGCCCUGGACGAGCGGCGAGCGGCCCGGGCCAGCCUGCCGGCGGCCUUGAACGCGCUGGUGCGGGCCCAGGGCAGGGAGCGCAGCCUGGCCGAGUACCGCAGCCUGCUGGGGCAGCAUGGGUUCCGGGACGUGCAGGUGGCGCAGGCGGGGGACAGGCUGGACGUGGUUCUGGGCACCAGAGCGUCGUCGGCGCCCUGAGGCUGCCAGCGCGUGACGCUCUCCUGGGAGGCUGAUGGGGGGGGGGGGGGGGG